CACACACAAGCACACCUAAAAUUCCUUUUCAAAAUUUCUAUUCCCCAAAAGUGAAUUUAAUCCAAUUGUAAAAACAAUUCAGACAGCAAGCCCACAUUCUCCUAUCCAUCUCUCCUUACCCUAUCUCUGUUUUCUUCUACCUUUUUUCCAUUUUUCCCUAAUUUUUUUCUUUUUAAAAAUAAAGAAAUAGAAGCUUCCAUUGGAACCCGACGGCGCGUGAGAGGGUUUUACAUAAGGUUUUAUGGUCUGUUUGGAAUUUUCAAGAAUAUGGAUGAAGUCGAGCCUUAUGAUUGUUGGGAGGUCGUUGUAAAUGGAUGUUUGGAAGACAAAGAUUUGGACAAUAUUUUAAGCAUAUUGGACUCUCCGGUUGAGGGUUUUGAAUGGAAUGGGAUUUCUGGGGAAUGGGAUGCCAGCAAGUCGCAUUGUCUCGGGCCUAUACAGCCCAACGGGCUGACUGAUUCGGGCCAGCUGGUUUUACCUCCUAUCCCAACUGCCAACGCUAAUGCACCUCUCGAGCCAAAUCACCAAUCGUCCUUACAACCUAAAGGCACCACUUUUCCUCUGCUCACGAACAAAUUCACCGAUGCCCGAAAGGAAAAAGUGGCAUUCCACACACAAAGCCCUGUUUCCGUGCUUGAAGGCAACAACUGCCGCUCAUCCGUAAUCAAAUCCUGCACUAGCAAGCGAACUCGGUCCAAACGGGCCCGGCCUUUGGGCCUGAGCCCGUGGCUCUUCAUGCUGCCUCCAUUUGCCGCCACCAGCAAAGCUGGGAAAGGUAGGGGAAGAAGAAAGAAACUGUCUCCAAUCCUCGAGGGAGAUGAGCUGCAGAACGGUGUUAAAAAAUGCUCCCAUUGUGAAAUUACGAAAACGCCCCAAUGGAGGGAGGGCCCAUUGGGCCCAAAGACUCUCUGCAAUGCGUGUGGGGUCCGUUACAGGUCGGGCCGCCUUUUCCCGGAGUACCGACCUUUGGCAAGCCCGACUUUCGUGCCUUCAGUGCACUCGAAUUCGCACAGGAAAGUGAUUGAGAUGAGGAACAAGGCAACACAGCAGCCGCUGGGUGAAGUUGUGGGGCCCAUAUUGAUGUUGCCUGAGGCUGAGAAGGAGUUUGCUGAGAUGGAGAGCUAGUUGUGUUUGAUCAGCUGUGCUGAUGUUUCAGUUAGGGUCUAAAUUUAGUGUUUACUNUGUU